UUSAUCUAGCUGCUACUGCCUGGCAUAACCUCUCGCAUUAGAGUUCUGUGAUUCAUCUUCUCUUUUGUUGCAGAGAGUCGAAUGAUUCUGGAUGCCUUUGCCCAACAAUGCAGCCGGGUUCUAAGUCUCUUAAAUUGUGGUGGAAAACUACUGGACAACAAUCAUUCUCAGUCCAUGAUUUCUUGUAUAAAGCAGGAAAACCCAAGUUAUAGUGAAAGACAAGAGCAAUGUCAGCUUGGGAAAAUGGUCCAUAGUCAGACGUCAGACAUUUUAGACAUAGAGAUGCAGUAUAUGCAAAAGAAACAACAAACCUCAGCCUUUCUGAGAGUUUUUACUGAUUCCCUUCAGAACUAUUUGCUUUCUGGGAGCUUCCCUUCUCAGAACACCUCAUCAAUAAAUGAUUUUAGCCAUUUGGCAGAUGUGGAUCCACUUUCAACCUCUCCAGUACACACUUUAGGUGGAUGGACAUCUCCUGCAACAUCGGAAUCUCAUGGUCAUCCAUCAUCUUCUACACUUCCAGAGGAGGAAGAGGAGGAAGAUGAAGAAGGUUACUGCCCUCGAUGUCAAGAGCUAGAGCAGGAGGUAAUUUCAUUGCAACAAGAAAAUGAGGAGCUUCGUAGAAAGCUGGAGAGCAUUCCAGUGCCCUGCCAGACUGUUUUAGAUUAUCUGAAGACCGUACUUCAGCAUCACAACCAGCUUAUGGUACCGCAGCCAACAGACCAUCCAACCGAGGGGAGUAAGCAGUUGCUGAACAACUACCCUGUCUACAUCACUAGUAAACAGUGGGAUGAGGCUGUAAAUUCUUCCAAGAAAGAUGGACGACGGCUCCUUCGCUAUCUCAUCAGAUUUGUUUUCACAACCGAUGAGCUUAAGUACUCAUGCGGCCUUGGAAAAAGGAAAAGGUCAGUGCAGUCAGGAGAGACAGGUCCUGAAAGACGUCCUCUGGAUCCAGUAAAAGUAACAUGUCUCAGAGAGUUCAUUAGGAUGCACUGUACCUCCAACCCGGACUGGUGGAUGCCAUCUGAAGAGCAAAUAAACAAGGUGUUCAGUGACGCAGUGGGACAUGCUCGCCAGGGCCGUGCUGUGGGGACUUUCCUUCACAAUGGCAACUCCUAUUACGAGGGGACAGACCACCCAGGAUCACAGGACGAAGUCUUCAACAGAGGUAUGCAAGAUGGAUCUGGAGAUUGAUGCCGGUGAGAACCACGUCAUAAAACAAUAGCAACCACUUAAUUUAGGAGAGACUGUUUGUUAAAAAUACUUAACCCUGCUGUCAUUUAGGAGUCCAAAGCAUGUUUGAACACAUACUGCAUACAAUUCAGCUUCCCCAUCCUACCGUAUCCCAGUUAACAGAAAGAAAUCCAUUUCAAGACCUGCUUUAUAGACUUCUCAGUGCCUAUUAUUUCCAAAUCCUUCAUAGCACACUCAAAGGGAACGUGCAGUUCAUUUCAUCUAGUUGUAGAGGAAAGGUCAUUUUAAAACUAUAAAAAUGUCAAAAGAAACAGCAGCUCCUAUCUCUUCAGCUUAUUGAUAACAAUCCCCAGCCUGGACUCAGAACAGCUGGGUGUUAUUUGCUUUCCCUGAGAAGAAGAUGUAAGUAUGACUGCACACUUACAACAACAACAAAAAAAAAGAAGUGGUUUCCCACUUGCUAACAGAAAAGAACACAAUUAUAAAUGCUACCUUAAAAUACCACACAAGAUGGAAAAUCCAGGGACUUUCUUAGCCAACUCUGCCAGGAAAUUAAGCUUCCCGAGUAAAACAGCGGCCCUCAUCAACAGCAGAAUCCUUCAAAGACCCAGAACAAUAACAUGCACUUCUAACAGAUAAAAGUUGUGUUGUGUAUCAGAUAGACAGUAUAUUUAUCUAGAUUGCUAGAGGAUUAGAGUUGAUCCUGACACUUUUCAYGAAAACAAGAUUGCUAAAAACAAAUCGCCAUUUCAGAAGACAGAAUUUCCUUUGUCUUUUCUUAUUCUGCAGCCAUAUUAUGUAGCUUUAGAGGCUUUAAAUUGCCUUUUCUUGUUUUCACUUUCAUUUGUGUUUUAUAUCCAUUCCUUGAAAGAGGUGAGGCAUUGCACUGGUUUUGCUCAGUGCUGCAUUCAGGGAGGGGUUGGGCAAGAAGAACCUGGUUUAGUGUUCUGUGCUAAGUAGACAYGGGAUCCAGACUGAGAGCUAAAAUAAAAGAGCUGUUGGAGCAGAAUUCACAAUGGUGCGCAACAGUGGAAGCAGAUAUUAGCUUUAAAAACAAGUCAGUCCACAAAGAAAGUUUAAUUGUAAAGGUUUAGGAGUCCAUUGUCCCUCUAAAUUGAUGCAUUCCAGAAAUAUGCAACGCCAAAGAAAUGAUACCCUUUCUUUCCCACGUCGGGGUGUUUCCAUCUCCUUACCUUUGUCUGGUCACUCAGGCCAGUGUUGGCAUCCUCCACAGCCUGAACCAGCUCUUYCUGAGGCAACACUUCCCCGCUGGCAGGUACAGGGAACUGUUUUUUGGAAAGAAGGCUCACUUCACUUUUAACCAUCCUUAGUGCUACCUCAUCAGCGUUGACUCUCCUGAACGCGUCCCAUUGUCCCCAGCUUUCCUUCCCGCCUUGUGCGAGCCACAAGCGUGGCURCUGACUGCUCCUUUCACCCUUCUCCUCUCCCUCCCGCCCUUCUCCCCUGCCCCAGGCAAGGCAGGAGGCAUCCAGCCCCUUCCUCAGAGAUGGGGAAGGGCUCUCUAGGGUGCAGCACCCCUCAAGCCCCAGUCUGGCCACAGGGCUGAGGCACAGUCUCMAAGUUCAGCUCACCCACACAGGAGCUCCUUGCUGCCGUCUGCCUCUGGCUGUGACUGGUCCCUCCUGGCCCAUGGGGCAUCUGGGGACAUGGGCUCACCGUGCACUGCCGUAGAGAGGACCUUGCUCAGCCCCAUAUGCUUUAGGCCCUUAAAUGUACAAUACCUCCCAGUCCACUUUAAUUUUGGUGGAUUUUUAAAAGGGGCUUGAAAGGUACACACUGGCCCCAAAACAACUAAUUUAUUUUCUAAAAGUCAGCUAGCAGUUUGGUCACACAGGACCUCAUCAGACCAAGAGGUUUAGAACAGCAUUCCCUCAUUUCAGGCAGGAGGUGACUUUCUUGGAGUGGUCACAGCACAUGGUGGCCUCUGGAGGAGAAACUCAAUGUAUAGAAAUGUCACAGUACAGAUAUCCUAUAGUAGCUUUUUCGGUGUUGAACUUACACUUUUUUUUAAAAGAACUAUAAUAGAAGAUGUUACAUUGCUCAGAUGGUGUAAGUCUUGCUGGUCUAUGUUUAAUGUGGUGACACAUGCCAGAACUAUUUGGUAAAACAUGUCAGAACGUGUGAGUCAACAUUAUACUGUAAAUUUGUCCACGGCAAUACGUAUCAUGCUGUAUUUUUGUAAACAUUGUGAUGGUUUCCUUUCAGAUGCUUAAUUGUAUGAUGUUUAAGAUAUAAACACUUUUUAACAGUCACAGAACAGAAUUACUGAACUGAAAGGUUUGCUAGCUUUAUUUUUAGUGUAAAGAGCAUGGCCAGCAUCCUGGAACCACUCACAGUCCUCUAUUCUCAUUAUUCUYUCAAAAUAACCAAAAGCAUAAUUUCAUCCUGAAAGCCACUUUGGCAGUAGAAAUGGCUUUGUAGGUUUGGAUCUUUCUUUAUGAACAAAAUUUUGUCCUCAAUUGCUUAAGUGCACUGGCCAGUGACAUGAACCAUGGUCACAGACAGGCAUUAACAGACACCAGCUCAUAUUUUUGUUCGUGUUUGGUUUUAAAAUGACAGAGUAGAAAAACUUUUGUCAGUUGUCUGUCUUUGUUUUUAAUUGCCAUCRUGGCCACUUGACCUGCACAUCUCAUUUUAAGAACCCCAAACCUUGCACAACAGCUUAUUCCAGUUAAUUUGUUCAUUAGGUGUUAUAAAUUCAUACACAUUUAAAUAUCUGCAAUAUGUUAGACWUGGGACCUGAAACAAUAGAUAGCACAUGAGCCCUUGCAGAGGGAGAUAUCCUUAUUUAGGCAGUGUGCUUUAUAAGCCAGCACAUCUCUUCCCAGUGACAGAAGGAAACUGCUAUCUAUCAUGUCACUCCAGAAAGUCCCAGGAGGAUAGAGAUUCUUGUCUUAUCCUUCCACUCGCUUUAAUCUCACUGUCAUUUAYGUAUCUGCCUUCUCUCAAACUUUGUGUAGCAGCACCGCACGCCCAUCUGUGCCAACAUGCCUUCGCUAUAUUUUCUAUGACAAAUAUUUGUGGAGAAACUGUGAUUAAAGAAAACAUUAAUCCUGAUAUUUUUAUUGUUAUGGUGUAGUUAAUUCUAUGAAUACUUUCUAAUGAUGAUUGUACUGUGUAGAGUAAGUAAAGGUUAGGGAUAGACCUUUAUCAGAUAUUGUACAAAAGAAAAGUGCAUAGUGUAAUAUAGACUAGUAAGGUUUUUGUGACAAUUUCUAUAGGAUGUGUGAAUUGUUUUCUAUGUGGCAACACACAUUUCUUUUAAAGAAUAUAAAAUCUUAGAGAAUUUUUUAAACAGUUAAUAUUUUUUAAUUAUAAAGACAUUUGUUACCUACAGUUUACUAUUGCAGGUGUUAAUUCUAAUUUGAAUAUUGGUUUUAUUACUACAUACCUCCAGUUCCAUUUGUUCUGUUGCAUAACAAUGCACAAUAAAAGUUAG